UAUUAUUGACGCAAAAAAUAACUCAAACAAUAAAAAAAACAUUAUAUUAAACUCUAAAAGAACUUGUAAGAAUAAUAGUCUAAUUAUAUAUUUAUAUCUUUUUUUUUUCUUUUACGAAAUAAAACUCAAGCUAUUCAACAUGAGUACAUGACCCUUUAUAAAUUAAACCAUUUGCCUUUUUCAAUCGUCAACCAAUCGUCGUCCUUUUAACUUUUAGAGAGAGAGAAAAAAAAAAAUCAUCCACAGAGAUGGCUUCUUCUUUCUUACUCACGGUGGUGGUUGCGCUCAUGGUGAUGUCUGUAUCCGUGUCGACGGCACAGGCGCAGGCAGACUGUGCGUCGAAGCUACUCCCGUGCGCUCAGUACCUCAACGCCACCACAAAGCCGCCCAACUCCUGUUGCGAUCCGAUCAAGGAGGCGGUGGCCACCGAUCUACAAUGUCUGUGUAACCUGUAUGAGAAUCCUGCCUUCUUGUCUGGAAUCGGAAUCAAUGUUGCUCAGGCACUUCGUCUUCCUCAAUUGUGUGGAAUCCCCUCUGACACUACCGCCUGUAACACUACUGCUCAAUCUCCAACUGGAUCCACAACUCAAACUCCACCAGGUAGGACCCCUGGGGCUGGGGGUGGAAACGGUGUGGGUAAAAUUGCUUCAAGUGGGGUUAUUGGUUUACUAUUGAUUUCGGCUUGCAUGAUGUUAUUUUAAGUUGGGAGUUGUAGAAAUGUCUUCAUAUAUGAUUUAUUGUUGUGACAUCAUAUGUUAUAUACUUCUUGGUGUAAAAACCAUAUAUAUUUAUUUAUGGUUCUUAAGAGUGUAGUUUAAUAAAUCAAGGCUAUUAGUUUUCCAUGUGUUUACUUAAUUACGUUUUCUUUUCAUUCAAAAUAAAUGGGUUUUUAUGUCUCAAA